GCCGCGGAAGUGUAAGAAGAAAGUCUGUGAGCUAACUUCUGCCUCCCUUAACGAAUCUCUUGCCCCUGCUCAAUUAUCUGGAGCUGAAAGAUGCAUCCCAGGGAAGGGAACUGUGGCUAGCUAAGGAGGUCAUGCUUGAUGUCAACACCCAGCCCUCAGGUGUUGGUGGCAGUUGCCCAGCAGACCCUGGGCAUGGGAAAAAGACGAUGUCCACCUCGUGCCAUCUGCCUUCAUCUUGCAGGAGAGGUGCUGGCAGUGGCCCGGGGACUGAAGCCAGCUCUCCUCUAUGAUUACAACUGUGCAGGGGCCUCAGAGCUCCAGAGUUAUCUGGAGGAGCUGCAGGGACUGGGUUUCCUGACCCUGGGACUUCACAUCCUUGAGAUUGGAGAAAACAGCUUUAUUAUCAGUCCUGAACAUACAUGUCAGCACUUGGAGCAGGUGCUGCUUGGUACCGUAGCCUUUGUGAAUGUUUCCAGCUCCCUUCCUCACCCUUCUGUCUGCUCCUUGGACCAGCUUCAGGACUUGAAGACCCUUGUGGCUGAGACCAUCACACAUUUGCAGGGGCUACAGAGAGAUGUGUCACUUGCAGUCUCACCCAGCAGGCUCCAUCCCUCAGACUUGAAUCUCUGUACUGUAUUUGGGAUCCUCCUCGGCUACCCUGUCUCCUAUACCUUUCACCUGAACCAGGAAAAUGACAACUGCUUAGCCCUGACUCCACUACGAGUAUUCACUGCUCGGAUCUCAUGGCUCCUAGAUCAACCCCCAGUCCGACUCUAUUCCUUUAGUGUCCCAGAGAGCUUGUUCCCAGCUCUGAGGGACAUUCUAAGCACCUGGGAGAGGACUCUCAGAAUCCGAUUUAGGACUCAGAAUGACUUUGCUGACCUCAGCAUCUCCUCUGAGAUAGUCACACAGCCAGCUGUGGCCCUCUGACUUUAACUCUCCUCCCGUGUAGAAGGUACUUAUAACUGAUCAUCUUAGGUUGGGGAUGGUAUAUAGGAUUUGUUCCAAAUGCUACCUCCUAGUGUCUUAAGUGACAGAAUGGUAUAAUCAAUUGGUCACAUAUGCAGAAGGCAUGGGUAUAGGUGAUGGUGGUGGUGGUAGUAUUGGCAGUAUGCAUUUGCCCUUCUAUACUAGGAAGUCAUCACUGGAUAAGAGGAAAGUGAAAAAGCAAGAUGGUGGAGGACAAGUAGUACUUUUAUGAGAGCCUGAUAAAUAUACCUGCUGUAAGUGGAUAAUGUCUGCCAGAAAAGUAGAAUAAAUAUGGGCUCUUUAGCAUGUUUAUAUAGUCCAACUGAAUUUGAUUGAAGAGAAUAGAUCAGUAUGCUUAAGUGAUGUGACACUUGUGAUGUGAUAUAUCAUUCUGCAAUAAACCAAGAGUUCUGAGGAAUAAUCUGGUCAGGUGAAGUUUAUUUACAGUUGGUUACUAAAAUAACAAAGAUUGUCAGAAAUCCCAAUUCAGCUUGCUAUA